AUGGCGAAGCGAUCACAGAGCAAAAAACUUUUCAGUAGAGAUAAUUACAAACUUAGAGAAUUUGUUCUGACUCCAUACUGUAUAAAAUACUUUGAAGUCAGUGGUGGGAUUGCUUAUGUUGAGGACUCUGUUAGCACAAGCUGGUCUAUUAUGUACAUAGUUGCUGGAACAGCUAUUGAAAGAGAUGAUUGGAUAAGCCUUGUUAGAUAUUACUCUAAAGAGAGAGGGGCAAUUUUUUUGCCUAAGUAUCAUCCCGGGAUAUGGAAAAAACCCGGCCGCCAUAGUUGUUGCGAUGACAUCAAUCGGCGCUCUAUGGGCUGCCAAGCCACUAUUGAACCCGGUCUUCCCAUUUUAAUAGAGGAGCAUCAACUUCCUCGACGGUCCUCUUCGUCUGCAAACACUGCGCAUAACAAUGCUAGUAGUAGCACGAGCACUACAAACAGUGGAGGAAGUGUAACUUCGAAUCCUACUUCAGUCAACUCGCCUAGCAAUUCUAUGCCAACGGCUGUCGUGGCUCAAUUGCAGCACUGCUUCUAG